AUGUACCAUUUGAAACUUCUGAAGGGUACAGUACACUACUUAUAGAAAUUUGAUUCCGAUCUCUCUCUUUCUCUUACUUUCUCUGUGUCUCUCGUUGUUCUUUUUCUUCGUAAAUUAACAGACAUACCCAAAAACCAUAGCCAGAUCUCAUCUGAAAAGAGAAGUGAAUAUUCUCGUUCUCUCUCAUCUCUCAUACAUGCUUAUCAUCACUCUUCUGUCGGUGAACUUGAUCUCUUUGUUGUAAUCAGAUCUGAGGUAAAUUCGCUCCACUUUUCAAUUCCGCGUUGCAUUACGAAUCCACCGAGUAAUGAAACGGUGUUUGUGAUCGAGGGAAGAUGCUUACCAAGUUCGAGACCAAAAGUAAUAGAGUGAAGGGACUCAGUUUCCACAGCAAGAGACCCUGGAUCCUCGCGAGUCUUCACAGUGGCGUGAUCCAGCUAUGGGAUUACCGAAUGGGCACCCUUAUUGAUAGAUUCGACGAGCAUGAUGGUCCGGUCAGAGGUGUUCAUUUCCAUAAUUCUCAGCCCCUAUUUGUCUCUGGAGGGGAUGAUUACAAGAUUAAGGUUUGGAACUAUAAGAUGCAUAGGUGUUUGUUCACUCUUUUGGGACACCUUGAUUAUAUCCGCACUGUGCAAUUUCAUCAUGAAAACCCAUGGAUUGUGAGUGCCAGUGAUGAUCAAACAAUUCGCAUUUGGAACUGGCAGUCACGGACCUGUAUAUCUGUUUUAACCGGGCACAAUCAUUAUGUUAUGUGUGCUACAUUCCAUCCAAAAGAGGAUAUUGUUGUGUCGGCCUCCCUUGAUCAGACUGUUCGUGUUUGGGAUAUUGGUUCUCUCAAAAGGAAGGCUGGGCCUCCUGCAGAUGACAUUCUACGAUUGAGUCAGAUGAACACAGAUCUUUUUGGAGGUGUUGAUGCAGUUGUUAAGUAUGUAUUGGAAGGUCAUGAUCGGGGUGUCAACUGGGCUGCUUUUCAUCCUACACUGCCUCUCAUUGUCUCCGGAGCUGAUGACCGACAAGUGAAACUUUGGAGGAUGAAUGACACUAAGGCAUGGGAAGUGGAUACUUUGAGAGGGCACAUGAAUAAUGUUUCAUGUGUUAUGUUCCAUGCCAAACAGGACAUCAUUGUGUCAAAUUCCGAGGAUAAGAGUAUUCGAGUAUGGGAUGCCACAAAGCGGACUGGAAUACAAACUUUCCGCAGAGAGCAUGAUCGGUUUUGGAUUCUUGCAACACAUCCUGAAAUGAAUUUGUUGGCAGCUGGUCAUGACAGCGGAAUGAUAGUCUUUAAGCUGGAGAGAGAAAGACCUGCUUUUGCAGUCAGCGGCGAUUCACUAUUCUAUACGAAAGACAGAUUCUUGCGUUUCUAUGAAUUUUCUACACAGAGAGAGACACAAGUACUUACAAUCAGACGACCUGGCUCCUCAACUCUUAAUCAAUGUCCAAAGACUCUUUCCUAUAGUCCUUCUGAAAAUGCAAUUCUUCUCUGUUCAGACGUGGAUGGAGGAUCUUAUGAGUUAUAUUGCAUAUCCAAAGAUAGCACAAAGGACAGUUUUGGUAGGGGGGAUAUGCAAGAUCCAAAGAAAGGUGUUGGAGGAUCUGCAGUCUUUGUGGCUAGGAAUAGAUUUGCCGUCCUUGACAAAGGAAGCAACCAAGUCUCUGUAAAAAAUCUGAAAAAUGAGCUUGUGAAAAAGAGCGCCCUUCCAACUGCUGCAGAUGCUAUAUUCUAUGCUGGAACAGGCAACUUGCUAUGUAGGUCAGAGGAUAGGGUUUUUAUAUUUGAUCUACAGCAGAGGAUUGUUCUGGGUGAUCUGCAGACCCCUUUUAUAAAGUAUGUAGUCUGGUCUAAUGACAUGGAAAAUGUUGCUCUGCUCAGUAAACAUGCAAUUGUCAUUGCUAGCAAGAAGCUUGUGCAUCAAUGCACCCUUCAUGAGACAAUCCGAGUAAAAAGUGGAGCCUGGGAUGACAACGGCAUUUUUAUUUAUACUACAUUAAAUCAUAUCAAAUAUUGCCUCCCCAAUGGAGAUAGUGGGAUAAUAAAGACACUGGAUGUCCCCAUCUAUAUCACAAAGGUUAUGGGAAACACCAUCUUUUGCUUGGGUCGGGAUGGGAAAAACAAGGCUAUAACUGUUGAUGCAACAGAAUACAUCUUUAAGCUUUCCUUGUUGAAGAAAAAAUAUGACCAGGUAAUGAACAUGAUAAGGAAUUCACAGCUUUGUGGGCAGGCUGUGAUUGCUUAUCUACAACAGAAAGGGUUUCCUGAAGUUGCCCUCCAUUUUGUUAAAGAUGAGAGAAUCAGAUUCAAUUUGGCUUUGGAGAGUGGCAACAUUCAAAUUGCUGUUGCAUCAGCAACUGCAAUUGAUGAAAAAGAUCACUGGUAUCGAUUAGGGGUAGAAGCUCUUCGACAAGGGAACUCUGGUAUAGUAGAGUAUGCAUACCAGAGGACCAAAAAUUUUGAGAGACUAUCAUUCCUUUAUCUCAUUACUGGUAACGUGGACAAACUUUCAAAAAUGUUGAAAAUUGCUGAAGUGAAGAAUGAUGUCAUGGGCCAGUUUCACAAUGCCCUAUAUAUGGGUGACAUAAGAGAGCGUGUCAAGAUCUUGGAGAAUGUUGGACAUUUGCCUCUUGCUUACGUCACUGCAUCAGUGCAUGUACUACAUGAUGUUGCUGAAAGGCUUGCAUCUGAACUUGGCGAUAAUGUUCCAUCUGUUCCCAAGGGAAAAGUACAAUCUCUCUUGAUACCACCGUCACCUGUGUCGUGUGGUGGUGAUUGGCCUCUUCUCAGGGUCAUGCGGGGAAUAUUUGAUGGUGGGUUUAACAAUACAGAUCGAGAUGCAGACGAUGAAGAGUUCGAGGCUGCUGAUGGUGAUUGGGGCGAGGAACUUGACAUGGUUGAUGUUGAUGCAUUACAAAAUGGAGAUGUUUCUGCAAUUUUGGAUGCAGUAGAAGUGGCUGAAGAGGAUGACGAAGAAGGGGGAUGGGACCUGGAAGAUUUAGAGCUCCCACCUGAAGCUGAAACACCAAAAGUUUCUGUCAGUUCACGAUCUUCAGUGUUUGUGGCCCCAACAGCCGGGAUGGCCGUUAGUCAGAUAUGGAUUCAGAGAUCUUCUCUUGCAGCUGAUCAUGUAGCUGCUGGCAAUUUUGAUACUGCGAUGAGGUUACUGAACAGGCAACUCGGGAUAAGGAACUUUGUCCCCUUGAAAUCUAUGUUCCUAGAUCUGCAUACAGGCAGUCAUUCCUAUCUGCGUGCCUUUUCAUCCGCACCGGUUGUAGCAAUUGCUGUUGAAAGAGGUUGGACUGAGUCAUCUAGUCCAAAUGUGAGAGGCCCACCGGCACUUCCUUUCAAAUUGUCUCAAUUAGAUGAAAAACUCAAAGCCGGUUACAAGUCAACAACUGCUGGAAAAUUUUCUGAUGCUCUUCGCACCUUUAUCAAUAUUCUUCAUACCAUUCCUUUAAUUGUUGUUGAGUCAAGGAGGGAGGUUGAUGAUGUGAAAGAAUUGAUUGUCAUAGUGAAAGAGUAUGUUUUGGGGCUGCGGAUGGAACUAAAAAGAAGGGAAAUUAAGGACAGUCCAGCACGCCAGCAAGAACUUGCCGCUUAUUUCACCCACUGCAAUCUUCAAGUGCCUCACUUGAGGCUAGCUUUGCUGAAUGCCAUGACUGUCUGCUACAAGGCAAAGAACCUUUCCACGGCAGCUAACUUUGCCAGGAGAUUACUUGAGACCAAUCCUACUGUUGAAAACCAAGCUAAGACAGCAAGGCAAGUGCUGGCAGCUGCAGAAAGAAAUAUGACUGAUGCCUUACAAUUGAACUAUGAUUUUCGGAACCCAUUUGUAAUUUGUGGGGCAACCUAUGUGCCCAUUUAUCGUGGACAAAAGGAUGUCUCUUGCCCCUACUGUACUUCCCGUUUCGUGCCAACACAAGAGGGACAGCUAUGUGCUGUUUGUGAGCUUUCGGUGGUUGGGGCGGAUGCUUCUGGAUUGCUCUGCUCUCCUUCCCAGAUUCGUUGAUUGCACUGGAUCAGGAGCGAUUAAUGAAUUUUUGUUUCAGGUCAAUUUUCAACAGCAGAUAAGAGUCCUAUUCAUCAAUUAAUAUAUUUUUCUGUAGAAACUAGAAGUAGUCAAAAGUUACUGUUUGAGUGAAUUUCUGUCUUUCCUUUUUUCCAUGGUUUCCCUUUAUGAUUUUUCCCCCUCUUCUAAGUAUAAGAAGAAAGGGGACAAAGCCUAUUAUUAAUCUUUCGUGCAUGUGAAGUUUUCUUGUAUUAUGUUGAAUUAAUUUUGUUAGUUUGAGUUGGAAAAAAGUAACAUUUUGAGGCUUUAAUAAACGAACUUAUACAGUAAUUCAUGAUUACUUUUUAAAA